CAUAAUCGCGCUUGCAAACAAUAAUCUUCCGUCUGAAGGCUACAAAGCGUCUCUCGGGGAAGCGUUGAGACAAGCAAGGGGCUUGCAGGCCUUUUUCAAACAAACACGUCGACGUUUCAAGCUCUUUGGCAUUUGGAGAAGAUCCGCAAACGUCAAAGACUCGCACUUUCCUGCGACGAGUUCAUCUAGCAACAAAAUCCGGCGAAGGAAAUCAUCCAAAGAGUCACGACAAAUUUACAACAGGUUUUUAUUUAUACUGACCACGAUCGUGAUUAGUUGUCCCGUUGGACAGAAAACUGUUUAGCAGAGUUGCGGCGUUAUCGUCAAUGCAUGAAAAACACCGAAGAGCUGAAAUGAAACACGAUGUCGACCUCGCCAGCGAGAUGUGACAAGCAGAAAGACAGAAAACAAGGGGAUAUCGAGAACAUUGGGGGAAGUAACGAGGAAGUCCUGCCCGCAAUGGGAAAAUUAUCCCUAAACGUCAAAGCUGUUCCGUAUAUCCCCAAACAAGACGGAGCCUUGCAAAGUCACUUGGGAAAUGGAUCGAGCGAGGAGUCUGGAUCUGAUAAGAACGACAGCUCUUCUGCUGAUAAUGAACAACUACCGCUGGAAAAACAAAACGGCCAUGAAACCGAAGAAGAACUGCGGGCGCAGAUAGCCAGUUUGAAGCAAAGCUUGAAGCAAUACGAGGAUAUGAUUGGUCAAUAUCAAGUCAGCGAGCAGACGAGAAAGCGCGAGGUGGACUCGGCACUAAAUACGGCAAGGGAGGUCGUGGAAAGGGAAAGACGGGAAAAAAUGGACGUUCUUUCAGACCGUAAAUCAAGAGAAGAACGAUUCGAGCAAUUAACAAAAGCCAUGACUUUGUUACAGACGGAAAACGACGAGCUGGUGAAACACAAACGACAACAGGAUGAGAAGCUGACAGAAUUGGCAAGACUCAAAACUCUCAUUCAGGAAAAUGGUUUUCCAAAUAUCGAGCAGUUUAUGUUGCUUCAACGCCAGAUUGAUAAUGUACGCGAUGAGUUCUUCACAGAACGCAAGGAAAGGGAAAGGCUUCAAUCACAAAAGGAUAAAAUGAAACGAGAACACGAAGCAGCUCAAUCAAGAAUUGCUUCUUUACAAGAACAGGUCUACAAAUAUCGCGAGCAUAUAUACUUUCUACAAAACAAGUAUAAACAGUCGUCUCCCUUCCGGCCACUUUCCGUUAGCGAUUCCAGCAACAGUCGACCAAUCAGCGCCAGCGAGGCUUGCAAGUUGUACGGGCCGAAUGCAACACAGUACAUCAACCAUAGUCUCACGUCACCAAUGAAUCCCGUCAGCCCUAGCGCGCCCACUGGUGAUCCAAAGUUUUCAGGCAGAAAUGAAAAGAAGCCUUUCAGUGGUGGUCGCCAAUGGCAGGAUAGCAGGAUGCCACGACCAAUGACCGCUGGUGAAGACGGCUGGCGCAGAAACCAACAGCAACAAAGUCGUACCAACAACGGUUACUAUAACAACAACAUGCACCGUAUGACAUCAUCAAGCAGUGCGCCAUCGUUGGCUGGCAUGGCGACAGACCAGCCUGACGUGUCAUUUUACGACAAGCAGUAUGGUAAACCAGGUUUCUCACGCAAAUCUCGCUCGUCUCUUACUGAAGAUGCAAUCAAGGAUUAUGUAAUGCCUCCUGAUUGGUCCAAGCAGAACAAACAGAUGAAACGUUUCCCUUCCCCGCUGCCAAGUCCCACGUUGCUUCCCUCCCCCGGAACCGAGCUGUGGUCCCCUCAACAACCUCCCGGUUUUCAGAAGGGUUGGCCGGGGGGACAAGAUGAAAUAUUCCGAUUUCCGCCCUCGCCUCUGGCGACUCCCACGUCCAAGUCUUCGUUCGAUGUCUGGCCCAGUCCUUCGCCUCUCGCCACGGACGAUAAGGUGUUCCAGCCUCAGGCCCCUACCAGCACGGCCGACGAGAAUAGCCUCUUUCCCAUGCCGAUUCCAAAAAGUGGCAACACCGGUGAUUCGAAUUUUGGUCGUUUCCCCCCCGGUCACAACGUGAGCAACGGCAAACUGUUUGUUUGUUAUAACUGCGGCAUCCAUCUUGAUGAUAACGAGGCCCAUAAAAAUCACGUUGAAAACUGCGGAAUGUAAGUUAGUUUGUUCAUGCGAGAACCGUUCUUGUUGGGCGGUGGGGGUUCAAAUCUCCACCAGGGGUUCAAGGUCCCCCCCUUUACCCAAUCAGGACUCUCACCCAGAGAUAAUUCUGAUAAGUUUUGAUUCAAAUUUUUUAUAUAUAUUUAUGCAUGUAAUGCGAUUUGUAAAUUGUUGAAUUGCGAGUAAUUAUUCCCAAUAUAGAUCACGUCGUUCUUUUAAAAAUGAUUUAGAAUAUACGGUAAUUGAAAUCCGACUUCAACGUAUUUAUAUAGUAUUUGGUUAAACAUAAAUCUUUAAUGACACGCGUACACCCCUUUGUUUUUUUAGUAGGCGUCCCGAA